AUGAGCCAACGAUAUGAUCAGCGGUAGUGGAGGAGGCGGGAUAGGCGUGAUAGGCGGGAGCAGUGGUGGCGGCAGCGGCAACAGCAACGGCAACAACAGCAACACCAUCAGCGGUAGUGUGGUAAGCACCACACGCCUCAGCCGUGCCCAACAACAGCAGCAGCAGCAGCACCAUCAACAGAGCAGCGGUUCAAGCGGUCUAGCCGCCAUAGCCGCAGCUGCUACUGGCGCCCAACCGAUCGCAUCCGGCAGCGGCACACAUCGUACGCGCAUAUUGCGUGGCCAUGCAGCACAAACAACCACUGGUGAACGUGUGCUGCUCAUCAACUAUGUGUCGCCCAGUGCAUCGGCAGCCACAUCGCCCAAUACGCAAACGCAAGCGCACACGGUUAGCAGCGCCACAGCGAAUAGCGGUGGGGUCGCGACCACAACCACCACGCGCAAAAUCCUCCAUGCCAGAGCGGCGGCAGCGACGCAUGCGAAUGUUAGCACCGCCACACCCGUGUCAUUUGCCGGCCUCGGAUCUGAGGUGACGGUCACACUGACGCGCUCUGGUAAAUCGACCGCCGGUCAUAUUGUACGAAAUCAUAGCAUUGCCACGGAAACGGUAGAACAUCAACAACAGCAACAACAACAUCAUCAUCAUGUGAGCAGUAGUUCGCCGCCGCCGCUUGUCUUCACGACGACGGCGCACAGCGAUUUGCAUCAUCACCAGCAGCAGCAACACCAACAACAUCAGCAACACGAAAUAAUUGAACAGCAGCAAACACAUCAACAUCAUCAGCUGCUAACGCAUCGACAAUUGCAACAACACCAGCAGCAAAAUACAACAACGGUGCUAGAUCCCUUGGACUUGCAGGACCAAGACGAAUAUCAACAGCAACAACAUCAGCAGAUCGUCAUCGAGCAUCACGGCGGCAACGGCCAGUCGCAGCAGACGCACGAAGAGGAGUUGCUUGAGUAUGACGACGAAGAGGAAGUAGAGGAGCACCACUUGCAACAGCUGCAGGAGGUGCAAGAUCAGCAGGAAUGCGAUGGCGAGCAAGUCGAAGAAGUUUAUCUCAACUGAAAGUGACGUCAGUGGCAAUUGAGCGCAUGCUCUGAAAUGACGGAUUGAAAUGAGCGCAGUUCCGUUUKCCAGCUGACUUAAAGAUCAUGCAAAAUAGGUAUAAUGACAAGAGUACUUCAAUAAUUUCGUAAUGACAGUGAGAUUUUGUAAGUACCAAAUGAACGACUGUCUUCAAGUUGCAAAUAUUUUUACUUUUCAAUCUUUGGUAUAAAAAAAUCCCAUAUUUACUUGAAUACAUAUGUAAAUACAGACAUAAAUGGUGGUGGCUCACCUUCUUUGUACAGAAAUAUUUCACAUACAUCUUUUAAUUUUGCAGUAAAUAAAAAAAUAUAUAUUAAAAUUGACUUUUUUUC